AUGUCUCACACUGAACACACCCCCGUUAUCAUCCUGGGCUUUGAAAGGAGUUUCAUUCACGAAAACCUAUUCGAUCCCCAGAAGACCGAGGUGGGAUGGUGGAAAUGGCCGCCGUCAAAUAUAAAAGACCAUGCAAUUUCAGACUCGCUCUACCGUUUAGAAGCCGUUUCCGGGGUCAAUACCGCGCUGCUCGAGGAAUUGGAGGCCAUAUCGACUCCAGUGACGCUGCGAAUGACGAAGGCUGAAAUAUUCCACCACUCCCAUCAUCCCAAGUCUCGUGAACGUAAGCGGGAUGGCUUCGCUGUCGCGCGAGUUAUCUUCGAUGACACAUCGUCGCAAGAGGGCAAAGAAGUCAGACGUCUCGGCGCGCUGUGCAAGAUUGCUUGGGGAAAGAAUAGCACCAGCGACGUUAUGAAGGAGAGCGAAAUCUAUGAUAAAUGCCACCGCCUCCAAGGAGACGUCAUUGCCCAGAAGCUUAGAUUCUUCACCCGUGAAGCGGAUGGUAUUGACCCAACGCUUUGCUGUCUCAUGCUGUCCCCCGAUGGAGAACCAAUGAAACCCUUCGACGACCUGCGUGAAAAUGGUGAUAAGAUUGAAGAAGGAUUUAUGAAGAACUUGGUACAAGACAUUCUCAAGGGUCUCUUGAAAUUACAUCAUGCGAAGGUCGUAUUUCCACGGGGGCUUGAAACCUGCGAGACACUGAAGACCUCGGAGACGGAGCGGUACAUGAUCUACGACCUCGCCGAUUCCGAAUAUCAUGACCGAUGCGACCCACUGGAGAUGGUGCCAGAGACGAUCGAAAUGUUCCAGCAAACUCCGGCCGAUAUAUGCUCCGCGUUUGAGCAGAGCAUCGAACAUCUAGGUGUCAUGAUCCCUCGUAACAGGCACCUUCUUCGUCUUCCCUCGGGGUUGCCUCAGGAGCAUCAUAAUAUCGAUCACUAUAUCCCCCUCGAGCUGCUACUGGAGUCAGACUACAAGAAAGCUGCCCGCAGUAUCAUUGCAUUGAUCCAACAGAAAGAUGACAAGAUUCCUGGCGACAAAGACUUCCGCGAAUAUGUGGAGCAGGACGCCUGUCGCCUCCCGGAAAUCAACGAAACAGUCGCAGUACCGUUCGCGAGUCUGGAUAGGAAAAAUUUGCCAGAGUCAUGGAAGAUCGGAGUGGCGAAGAUGGAUAUAAAAGUCAUGGAUGACGAGGGGAAAGUGAUAAAAGUCGAGGAGUGGAAGGAAGACAAAGAAGAGGAUUCGUCCAAAGAUGACUGCUCCAAACAAGAGUAA